GCAUAUGCAUGGCGACGAGCAUGCGGCAUUCCGUACUCUGCGAAUGCAGCGUGUCUCCAUUCCCAUAUUUUUAGUACGCGGACAGCUGGCGACACGUUGGCUGCUUUUAUGCAAAUGUUAUUAAUAGACAUCACGGUUUUGAUACAAUGAACAUGUAGGUGGGCUGCGAACGUGCGAUAAUUAUUGACGUUCGACACGUUGACGGAUGCAUGCCAUUGAGCCAGCUUUGGGCUAUCCCGGUUCCUUCCUUCCGACGAGAGAUAAAUAAUUUGAGGAAGAUGAGGAUUGUACAGCUUAGAAGAAAUCGCCUGUCCCACAUAUUGAUUGGCAUCAGCCUGCUGCUGCUGGUUUUGUACAUUCUCCUUAAUUUCUCCUCGGACAACCACAUGAACAAUAUAAAGGAAUACUGGGCACAGGGUCUCGGUAAGAAACAGGUACCGGUGCUUGUGGAAGGCCUGGGAAAUUACGAGCCGCGAGAUGUACCGGUUAGAUCUGGCCCUGGAGAAGGUGGUAAACCGCAUAUUUUGAGAGACGAUCAAUUAAACGAUGUCCAGCAAUCGGAAUCCGAUUACGGUAUGAAUAUGGUAUGUUCUGAUGAGAUCUCAUUGUCGAGAGCGAUACCGGAUACCAGACCCGCAGAAUGUAAGCAUUGGAACUAUCCAGAGGAAUUACCACGUACCAGUGUCAUUAUAGUUUUCCACAACGAAGGUUGGUCAGUUUUACUGCGAACCAUCCAAAGCGUCAUAGAUCGCACCCCGUCGAAGAUACUUGAAGAGGUUCUUCUUGUCGAUGAUUUUUCCGAUAAAGAGAAUCUAAAAGGCGAUUUAGACUCCUAUGUCGAACAAUCGGGAGGGAAAGUUAGAUUACUUAGAAACUACGAAAGACAAGGCUUAAUACGAACGCGGUCCCGAGGAGCGCGUGAAGCCAAGGGUGAAGUGAUAGUAUUUUUAGACGCUCAUUGCGAAGUCAAUGUGAAUUGGCUGCCUCCGCUUUUAGCGCCAAUUGCUGAAAAUAGAAACGUAAUGACUGUUCCUGUGAUAGACGGCAUUGAUCAUAAAACUUUUGAAUAUCGUCCUGUGUAUCAAGAAGGACAUUUGUACAGAGGAAUUUUCGAGUGGGGCAUGUUGUAUAAAGAGAACGAAUUGCCCAGGCGGGAAGCCAAGACGCGUGCACAUGACAGUAUGCCAUACAGAUCACCUACGCACGCUGGUGGUUUAUUCGCGAUAAAUCGACAAUACUUUUUAUCAUUGGGUGGAUAUGACGAGGGAUUACUCGUUUGGGGAGGAGAAAAUUUCGAAUUAUCCUUUAAGAUAUGGCAAUGCGGUGGAAGUAUCUUUUGGGUACCGUGCUCACAUGUCGGGCACGUUUACCGAGGAUUUAUGCCUUACACGUUCGGUAAACUUGCUCAAAAGAAGAAAGGACCGUUGAUAACUAUUAAUUAUAAACGAGUUAUAGAAACGUGGUUUGACGAGAAACACAAGAAAUUCUUUUAUACCAGAGAACCUCUGGCUCAACUGCUCGAUCACGGUGAUAUAUCUGAGCAGUUGGCCUUCAAGGAACGCAAGAAAUGCAAGAGCUUCCAGUGGUAUAUGGAUAACGUGGCAUAUGACGUGCUAGAUAAAUUUCCAGAAUUGCCACCGAAUAUUCACUGGGGAGAGCUGCGAAAUGUGGCAACCGGUUCAUGUUUGGACACUAUGGGUCAUGCACCACCAAGUCUCAUGGCUACUUCCCAUUGCCAUGGAUUUGGAAACAAUCAACUUAUUAGGCUGAAUGCGAAGGGUCAAUUAGGUGUCGGUGAGAGAUGCAUUGAAGCAGACGGCCAAGGUGUAAAAUAUGCGUUUUGUCGUCUAGGAACUGCAGAUGGUCCGUGGCAGUAUGACGAAAAAACAAAGACUCUGUUACAUAGAGUACAUAAGAAGUGUGUGGCACUUCAUCCUCAAACUCAGCAAUUAUCUCUGAUGCCGUGUGACAUAAACAAUACUUAUCAACAAUGGAGCUUUCACCAAGUCCAUCCACGGUGGUAAUAUAGAAAAAAAGAGCUAAAACUUUGUUUAACAAAAUUUGUAAAUUAUUCGAGUUUGUGCGCAAAUUCUCGCAGAAAAAACGCAAAAUUUAUUUAGUAACAUGUAAUGCAGGACAGUUUAACAUUUAUUUGUGACCGACUCAUUAUACAUUAGUGAGUGAUAUAAAUAAAUAAUGACUACGAAGUUGA